AUGUGGGCCAAAACGUUCCGGCGCCAACUAACAGGAGUGGCCAAAGUCGCCAAGCCCUUGGCUUAUCCUGUUGACAGGCAUAGUCCUCAGAACGUUUUAAACACAAGUCCCGUGUCUGUGGCCGCAGAGAUCGCGUCGGAAUACAAACGGCACAAACUUACAAACUCAGAAACCCGAGUCCGGGUCAAUCUUUUCCUCGAGGCGGUUUUUCUUGUCGACACUGCCCAGGCGACGCAAACGCUCACCCGCCUACGGGAAAAAUGCAUGUUCAACCGCCACGUCGAGUCUUUUGCUCGAAAUCUCGAGGUCUACUUAUCAUGUCUAGUGACGAUGAUGGCGCACUUUUGCCAGCGCUCCAGAAAGUUUAAUAAUGCAGAGAUCGAGGCGGUCAUCUUGGCCAUCGAAGAGAUUCCACGGCAUGUGGCCCAAUCUCGGCCCGAAACCGUGCUACGGCUACGGCUUCUGCUAAUGAUCCUCAUACUUCGGGCCAUGUCCGACUUGCAAACGAAUGACAGCAGGGCGACUCUAGUUACAAGAGCACGAAUAUUGGCCGAACAAAUGAACCUAGUUCCGGCUGAAAUCGGCCGCCUCGUGUCGCAAGAACACCCUGAGUUGGUGCCUCACUGCAAUCUUGUCUGGCGAAACACUGCAAAGACUUAUAAUGACGCCAAUGGAGACAAGAAAAUCGAUCUCUGCAUCGACCAGUAUAAAACCGAGGAUGGAAACAUGAGCUACCAGAGCCUCUGUCGUUUCAUUGCAUCGACCCGCUUCGAUGCUCUGCGGUAUUCUUCUGACCCACACGCUAAAAUGUACGCAGUGUAUGAGAAAUUGACAAGAGAGGAACAGAAAGCAUUUUUGCAAGACUAUUUGGCUUUCAACAAACAAAAGCAGCUACUAGUGGAAGAGUACUGUGGCGAUUUACAUGAGAGCCUACAUAGUAUGAAAUCCCUUCAUAUUUUUGGUGCAGCCAGCUCCAAAUGGAUUCAAGCUUGGCACAGCCAAACCUCUGAAGCUCUUGAAAAGGAGAAAAACAGGCCUCAUAGUGAGUUUGCCUUUUUUCUCUCCGUUGUUCUGCCUGCAACUUUUGCUUCUUUUGCUCUUUCGUCCAUUCUUGCUCAAACCCUUCCUUCGGGCGAGGCGAAACUACAUACUCUAGCCUCAAGCAUGGCAUACUCCUUUAAACGAAUGCUCAAGCGAGACAAAAAGUUGGUUUCGCUCCUGCAAAGACUCCCCAUGUUUUUGAAUGACGAGGCUGCCAUCCAGUUUUUUGUCUCCAUCAUAAAAGUUGUGAUCGAAGCGUGCAAAUUGCCUUCUGAUAUUCCCCACGCAGAGCAUGAGACUGUUUUCUCAACAGACUAUACGAAAGCAAACACUGAUUCCCCGGGAUAUAAGAGAGUAGGUGUGGUGAAGGUACACCCUUUUUUGCCUAAGCAAUUCGAAACAUGUCUUGAAUUAUUCCUGUCUGGCUCAUAUUUGUUGCCCAUGUUACAUCCACCAAAAGAGUGGGUUUCGCCAGAAAAUGGAGGCUUCUUCGACGACUUGGUUCCUCUUGUCAAAUCUAUCGAUCAAGAGUCUACUUCGUUCUACAUGGCUCAAGCACAUCGAACAGGACAAUUGGACUCGAUAUACGAGAGCCUAAAUGCUCUCGGAUCGGUGUCGUGGGCUAUCAAUCCGUCUAUGUUGGGCGUUUUCAAUGAUGCAAUGUCUGACAAAGGCGGGUUCAUGCAUAUUCCUGGAAUCAAGGCGCCCGACUCGUGUGAAAUGUUGGAGAAACCACAGAGGUGUGACUUCAAAGCUGAAAAAGACUAUCUCUCUGCCCUUGCCCGCCACAGGCUGACCCGAGAAGCAAGAUUGAAAAAGAAAAAGGAAGCUCACAGUUUGCGUGUUUAUUACGAGUUGGUGAACACCUUGGCUAGGUCUUUGGAGAAGAAUGGCGAUAGCAUAUUUUAUCCACAGAACAUCGAUUUCAGAGGAAGGGUAUACCCGUGCGUUUCUUUUCUUUCUCAUCACAGCGAGGACUUGGUUCGAUCGCUCCUCAUGUUUUGGGAGGCUAAACCUUUGGGCCCAAAAGGUUACGACUGGCUCCAGUACCAACUUGCGAAUCUUCACUCAGACCACUUCUUGUCUAUGGAGAAACUGAAAGCGUUUGUGGCCAACAACAAAGAGGCUAUCAUAGAAUCAGCAAAGUCGCCGAUGUCACCCCAAAGCUGGUGGAGAAAAGGCGACAGCCCAUGGCAAUGUCUUGCAAUGUGUAUGGAGUUGAAAAAUGUGUGGGAAUACGAGGGAAAGAAAGAAGAAUAUCUUUCCCGGAUUCCGAUACACAUGGACGGUACUUGCAACGGCCUUCAACAUUACGCAGCCUUGGGAGCAGAUAAAGACGCCGCAGUUUCUGUCAAUCUCAUCCCAGACACGAAAAAGCACGAUGUCUAUGUGACAGUCUUGAACCGUGUUCGAGAAAGGGUUGUCUCAGAUCUAGAAUCAGUAUCGGACGAAACGGCCGAAACUGCUCGCCAGGUUCUCCCUCUUCUCUCCCGGAAAAUUGUGAAGCAGACUGUUAUGACAACAGUUUAUGGAGUAACAUUAUACGGAGCUUUCAGACAAAUUCGAGAAAAACUAGAUGAGGUUUUCCAAGAAGGUAGUUCCGUGGGAGAAUACAAUCCCCAAACAGCCAAAAUGGCCACGUACGUCGCCAAACACGUUCUCGAUGCCAUUUCCGACUUGUUUGCCGGCGCCAAAAAAAUCCAGAACUGGCUUCUAGAAAAUUGUCGCCGGUGCAUUUCAGCAUACGAGAAACACUCCCUUCCUGAGGGGAAAAUCAACUUUUUUGAUAAAAAAAGAUACAGACCUAUGAUGUGGACGUCUCUUUCAGGGCUCCCGUCAUCCAGCCUUACCGAAAAAACACCACAAAGGAAAUUACCACUGUUUUGCAAAGGCUUUCCGUGCAAACAAAGGGCAAACUUGCGCACAUUGACUUUCCGAAGCAAUUGA